AUGUAUAUGAGGACAUUAUUAUUAUUGAUCUGGGCAAUUGUUGCUACAGCUUCAGGCUGGCGCGGUGAGACGCCAGCCCAGCGAUCGUACAUGUAUGUUGGAGGACAAUACAUUCUGAAUAGUGCUGGCCAGCAUGUCUUCGCAGAUCAGAUGUACGUGGAAAAACUGACUCCGGCUGCGGGUGUUACGAAGCCGGAAGGCUGGGCCUCUUACUUUCUCUCUCAAGGAUAUGCAUGCUAUAUCAUCGACCAAACCUUCCGCGGCCGCAGUGCCUGGUUCCCCGGCAAUGGGACAAUGAACACCUACAGCGCCGAGCUGCUGCAGCAGCGCUUCACCGCGCCCAAACUGUACAACCUCUGGCCGCAGGCCUCCCUGCACACCCAAUGGAACGGGACGGGCGUCAUGGGCGACCCAAAUUUCGACAAUUACUAUUCCUCGACGGUCGAGUUCCUCAGUUCAGCAACCCACCAGCAAUCGACCGUCCAGGCCGCCGGCGCCGCCCUGCUCGACACCAUUGGAUCCCCAGUCAUUCUCCUCGCGCACUCCCAGGGCGGAACUAUUCCCUGGCUCCUUGCGGAUGUGCGCCCGAAUCUCGUCCACUCCAUCGUUUCAAUCGAACCGACUGGUCCUCCUUUCCAGGACGCUGUCUUCAGCAAUUCUUCCACGCGCGUCUAUGGGCUUACCGAUAUCCCGCUAACCUACUCACCAGCCCUGGCCGAUCCAGUCGAGCUCGUGAAACACGUCAUUCCUUCCAACUCGUCGCUGUACUCCGACUGCGUAAUCCAGGCCGAUUCCCCCGCACCGAGACAGCUCGUCAAUCUCGCCGGGGUGCCCAUCCUGGUCCUGACGACCGAAUCCUCCUACCACGCGCCUUAUGACUGGUGCACAGUCAAGUUCCUGCAACAGGCAGGUGUCCCGGCGGAACAUCUGCAGCUGGCGGAUAUCGGCAUCCAUGGAAAUGGACAUAUGGUGUUCAUGGAGAAGAAUAGUUUGCAAGUUGCUGCUGUUCUGCAGAAGUGGAUGGAGCGGACGUAA